AUGAAUCUAAAUCAGAGGAUAUUGGUGAAGCGUUACCGCUUACUCCAACGUUACACCAGGAAAAUAUUCAAUCGUAUUGUGUUAAUGCUCUUGUUUGUGAACAGUAACAACAGACCAUCCUUGCAACGCGUUGCUCAUUUCAAGACAGCCCAUCAGCCGGAAUCAACUGGUGUCAUUGUCGGAACCUUGACCGAGCUUGUGAAAAAUAAUAAUAAAUUUUUAGAUAUAGCCAAUAAGCAGGCUGAAUCACUUAAGAUGUUGGCAGAAUCUAGUGCUGCUAGAAGCGAAGGCACAAAAAUGAUGGCAGAAGCUAUCAAAACUUAG